GCCCAACAUCAAGCCAAUGGCAGUUAUUAGAGGACUUCUACGAGCGUGUGGCAUCUCUGAGACGGUCCAGGUCUUCUUCUCUAUCGUCGACAUCCCUCGAACGGAAGAAGUCUAUGCAAGAGAUGAUUACCAUGUUACUUCCUCAAGUGCAAUUUAG